UAUACCAACUGUCAAAUGUGUCAAAUCGGCAGCAAAAUUAUUGAAAACCAAAACAAACAUUUGCAUCAGUCCAUUCUGAAAUUCAAUUUCAGUUACAAUGAUGGACAUAAACGAGGAUAUAUUAUCGAUUUGUGAAUCAACAUCGUCCCUAUCAGAAGGAUGUCGACUGCCAGUGCGUAUGUAUGGGACGGAUGACUGGCCACUUGCUGAAAUAAUUAGUAUUCGCGAUGUAAACGGCCAAGGAAUGUUCUAUGUACAUUAUGUGGAUUUCAACAAACGACUCGACGGAUGGGUGACAGAAGAUUUUCUCGAUACGCGAAAGGUGCAAUUUCCUCGUAAAGAUGGCACAACAACGGGACAAAAUACUGGCGUCACAACACCCAAAAAACAUGUACUGAACAUGUCAUCAGCUACAAUACCAAUCCAAUCCCGGCCGACCAGUCCGAUAUCGAGUAGCGAGCAAUUGGUUAAUGGAAGCGCAGUUCUGGCAGCUGCAUUGCAAAAGAAAAACAAUCGAAAACGAAAAGUAUUGCAAACGAUUCCCCUGUGUUCGGUCGAACCAAAUUUACUAACUUUGCAUUUUCCCACUUUUGACCUCUACUGUUCCGGAAAUACCAAGGUGGUGACCAGCAAUGAAAAUGAGGACUCGGAAGAAACAACGCCAACGACACCGAGACAAUCUGGCAGUAUGGUUACGCAUCAGGACGAUGUUGUUACUAGGAUGAAAAACAUUGAAAUGAUUGAAUUGGGACGACAUCGAAUAAAGCCAUGGUAUUUUGCUCCCUAUCCGCAAGAACUGUGCAACGAACCAUGCAUUUAUAUCUGCGAGUUUUGUUUGAAGUAUCGCAACAGUCGAAAGUGCUUAGAACGCCAUUUAACCAAAUGCAAUUUACGACAUCCGCCCGGCAAUGAAAUUUAUCGAAAGGCAACGAUUUCAUUUUUCGAAAUCGAUGGCCGCAAAAACAAGUGCUACGCACAGAAUCUCUGCCUAUUAGCCAAGCUAUUUUUGGACCACAAAACACUGUACUAUGACACGGAUCCGUUCCUAUUCUACGUAAUGACCGAAUUCGAUGCUCAUGGAUUCCAUAUUGUCGGCUAUUUUUCGAAAGAAAAAGAGAGUACGGAAGACUACAAUGUUGCGUGCAUAUUAACCAUGCCGCCGUAUCAACGGAAGGGAUACGGGAAAUUAUUAAUUGAAUUUAGCUACGAACUAUCGAAAUUCGAGGGUAAAACUGGUUCGCCCGAGAAGCCACUAUCGGAUUUGGGACUGUUGUCGUACCGGUCGUAUUGGGCUCAAACAAUUUUAGAAAUUUUAAUUGAUCAAAAACCUGUUGGAGACAAUGAACGACCACAGUUGACGAUCAAUGAAAUAUGUGAACUAACUAGCAUCAAGAAGGAAGACGUUAUAUCCACGCUGCAGAAUUUAAAUCUAAUCAAUUAUUACAAGGGUCAAUACAUCGUCUGUAUUAAUCGGGAAAUCAUUGAUCAGCACAAGAAGGCUAUGGAAAAGCGAAAAAUUCGUAUCGAUUCCAACUGUUUACACUGGACACCCAAAGACUGGUCGAAGCGUUCAAAGUGGUGAACAGUAACCGCAUUUUGUAUGUUUGUAUCAAUAUUUUCAGUGUCCAGUCAAUAAACAGUCUUAAGUGUCACGAAA